AUGUUCCUGCAACAGCUAUGUGGUGUGAACAUUAUCGCGUAUUAUUCGUCCGAAAUCUUCAUCAAGGUGACAUCAGCCCGAAACGCCCUAGCCACAUCCUUCGGCUGGGGCGUGGUGAACUGGCUCUUCGCCAUCCCCGCGGUCUACACUAUCGACACGUUCGGCCGUCGCAAUCUCCUUCUCACUACAUUCCCUCUCAUGGCCCUCGCAUGGUUCUUCACCGGUUUCAGCUUCUACAUCCCUACCUCGGAACACAGCAAUGCGCAGCUCGCCUGCGUCGCGCUAGGCCUUUAUCUCUUCGGCGUGGUCUACUCCGUCGGCGAGGGUCCAGUGCCAUUCACCUACUCAGCAGAAGCCUACCCACUCUACGUCCGUUCGUACGGCAUGGCCCUGGCGACAGCAACAACCUGGCUCUUCAACUUCCUCCUUGCGAUAACGUGGCCCUCACUGCACGAUUCGUUCAAAGACCAGGGCGCGUUCUGCUGGUAUGCUGCGUGGAAUCUGAUCGGAUUCGUGCUGGUGCUUCUGUUCAUGCCAGAGACAAAGGGGAAGACGCUGGAGGAGCUGGACCAGGUGUUUUCGGUGCCGACGCGGUUUCACGCGGCGUAUGGACUGCGCCAGAUCCCGUACUUCUUUAAGAGGUAUAUCUUGCGUCGGCAGGUGAAGCCAGAGAUACUGUAUGAGAGGGAAGACCCGGUGGGUUAUUCGAGUGAUUUUGUUUUCAAUACUGCGGAUUGGAGCAGGACAAGAUACGUGCGGGGACAUUGA